AUGCUUCCUCCCUCUCCAUCACCGAACAUCCGCAAAGCAACCCUCGCCGACGCACAAGCAAUAGCAGAACUAGGAGCCCAUGUUUUCACAGUGACACAAGGCCCACACAUGCCCACCGCCGACCUCCAAGCCUACCUCGCCCGCACCUUCAGCAUUCCAGCCACGACUUCCUGCCUCCGAGACCCUCUCAGUGACACAUUCGUCGCCGUAGACUCUUCCUCCUCUGCAAUCCUGGGUUUUGCUUUGAUGACACGGGAACUAUUGCCUGAACCUUGCGUCGCCGAUGUUCCUGCGCCAGUGCAUUUGCAAAGAAUUUAUGUGUAUCCUCAUGCGCAAGGGAAAUGUGUGGGAAAGAUGUUGAUGCAAGCGAUUGGAGUAGAGGCGAAGAAACAGGGAUUCGAGAAUCUGUGGUUGAGGGUUUAUGAGGGGAAUCAUAGAGCUAUUCGGGUCUACGAGAAGCUGGGGUUCAAGAUGGUGGGGACGCAUGAUUUCGUCACGAAGACGGCGGGAGUGUGGACGGAUUUGGUGAUGCUCAAAUCGCUUUGA